AUGAUCUUAGUUCCUCACGAUUUUCAAAAGCCGAUUUGUCUCAUACUAUAUAAUCCAUCGGUCUCAAAAAUCGUGUUUCAAGAGAUAUAUGUGAAAUAUACGAGUAAAAACUCAAAAGCCCAUGAUAAACUUUUGGAAGGAAAAGAAUAUUUAAAUGGUAAAUUUUCUUCAGCUGAUCAAUUCCAUUAUCCACCUACACAUUAUGCCCAUAUUACCAAUCAUUCUGAUUUGUGGGAUAAAAUACCUAAUGUUAAAAAUAGAGAAAUAGACCGAAUAAAUAAGGGUGCCUGGAAAAAAUCCUUGAAAGAUAUUAAAAGUUGA